AUGGCAGCAGACAUGGCAGAGUUCCUUUGGAACAAGUCCUUAAAUGCUCUGCGAGAAGCACAAAGUGAAUUGUUCUUGCAACUAACUCUCGGUUCUCAUUUUCAAGGAAUUAAACAAGUCAUGGAAAGUCAAAAUAAGAAGAACAUAUGCUCAUCCUUGGCAUCAAGCAUCUGCGAAUCGCUUUAUGAGCUCAAUGAUGUACUUACCGAGUGCCGAAUCUUUGCUCAGCAAAGGAAAGCAAUCAAGAAAAACCGGCUACAUUUCAACCCUUAUACUGAGUACCGUUUUGUGCGUAAGAGGAAGAAGCAGUUGGUUAGUGUUAAGGAUAAGCUUGUUGAAAUGGUUGAACACUGGGAAGGACAAUUUAGUCCUCUCAGAAAUAUGCCACUGACAUUUAGCAACUGCAAUGCGCCCAAAAUUCCUGGGUUGAAUGAGCACAUGGCGAAAAUUGAGAACAUACUUUUCAAAGAUGGAUCGGACGAAUAUAAUGUUGGAUCCAAAGCAGUUGGGAUAUGUGGGAUGGGUGGCACAGGAAAGACCACACUUGCAAGGGAGGUUUUCAAUAGUGAAAAAUUGAGCGGACAGUUCUCAAAAAAAUUUUGGCUUUGCUUAGCAGACAUUCAGAGGAAUGAAAGACACAUGGUAAGGAGUGAGAUUCUUGGGCUGGUUUCGACAGUGUUAGCUGGUGAAGCUAUCGAUGACAGCCUGGACCCUUUAAAUCUCCUUUAUCAUGUAUUAAAUUUGAGGAAAUAUUUGGUUGUGUUUGAUGAUGUGUGGCCCUGGCAUGCUGAGAUCUUGGAUAAACAAACUUUGUCAGGGGGAUCAUCUGGGGCUUGCAAUGGUGCAGUCAUUAUCACGACUAGGCUGCCAGAAGUGGCUAGAAGGAUGGGAUGUGGGAACUUGAUUACCCUUCAGCCCCCGUUGUAUUGUGGGAAGGGAUGUGAGCGUAACUCAGACUGUGUGCAAAAUAUUGAGAGUAUACUGUGCAAAGGUGGAUUCAAGAUAAUUGGAAUAUCUGGGAUUGGUGGCACAGGAAAAACCACACUUGCAAGAGAGGUUUUCAAUGGUAAAAGUGUGAGCAAAGCGUACUCAACCAAGAUUUGGGUCUGUUUGUCAGGUAUCCAGAGCAAUGAGACAAAUAUUGGGAUUGAGAUUCUUAAGUUGGUUUUGAAUGAGUUGGAUUAUGAUACUGAUGAGUUAAUUAUGGACAAGCUUAAUAUGGCUGAGCUUUUGGGGACUCUUUAUCAUCUAGUAUCACAUGAAAAGUAUUUAAUCGUGUUUGAUGAUGUGUGGCCCUGGCAUGCCAACUUCUUAGCCGCAGAAAUGAACUCGGCUGGUGGAUUGCCUAGGGGUGGUGGCGGUGCGGUCAUUAUCACUACCAGGCUGCAGAAAGUGGCUAGAAGGAUUGGAGGUGAGAACAUGAUUCACUUUCAGCCCCCAUUGUUGAAAAGCGAGGAUUGUGGAAAGAUUUUUGAGGACACUUUGGGUAGUAUUACCACAUCAAAUGGAUUUGAUCAAGAAGCAUGGUACAAGAUUAAAUAUGAAAUAAUCGAGUACCAAUCUCAUGGCCUCCCAUUCGCUGCCAAGACACUAGGGGAAAUUUUUUCAGAUAAGAUCAGAAAUUCAGAAGAUUCUUCAGAGAUUUCUUGA